AUGCCUUCAUUUGUUGAAGCUAGAAUAAUUAUAGAUUCAUGUUGUGAGAGCUUCUAUACGUCACUAUUUUUUGACGUUGCGCACGCACACGCGCACCCCCACAAAGUCGCCGAGGACGUCGACUUCAAGUGGGGGAGGGUGUCACGGGCUACCCGUGAUCUACCCAUUAUCCAUGCACUAAAAGUACUUUUUCCGAGAAACCGGAACACCUGCUUGUUGGCAAUUGCGUUCUCACGAAUUGUGAUCCUGUGUGAAUCUCCAUCGCUCACCGUCGUCGUCCGCAACCACCAUAACAUCGACUCCCAUCCGAAGGCGGCGACCGCGGCCAUGUCCGACUACGAAACCCUUCCCCUCGAGAUCCCCACCGACAUACUCUCUCGACUACCCAUCAAAUCUCUUUGCCGACUCAAGUGCGUUUCACCCACAUGGAAAUCCCUAAUCUCUUCCCCGGAUUUCGCCCAAGCCCACCUCAAUCGAACCAAUUCCCAAAACCCUAACACCAGCCUCAAAAUCAUUCUAGUCUCCACCUCUCACGCUCUCUACUCCGUCGAUUUCUCCGACGCAAAUCCUACUGCAAUGAAGCUCGAUUUUCCUUCAGCCGAACAACACUCCGACAAGUGGGUCAAGGUUUUCAGCUCUUCCCACGGUUUGCUCCUGGUUUCCGACAAAAGUAAUUCCAACUUACUCUUGUUGAACCCAUCCACUAGAGAAUGUAGAAAACUGCCCCCGCCUAUUGUGCUCAAUACGGCGCAUCCUGGGUUUUACUUGUUAUAUGGUGUUGGUUACGAUUCGUCUGGGAAAGAUUACAAGGUUGUAAUGUUCUGUAGAUAUACUACUCUUACUGAAUUUGGAGUAACUAGGAAGGUUGAGGUUGUUCUUGUCUAUUCACUGAAAACCGAUGCUUGGGAGAUAAUUCCAGACACCCACUUUACCCCUGCGAACUAUAGCCCUCGGGUUUCGGUUAAUGGGUGUCUCCAUUGCGUUUGUUGGAGGACGGAUGAUUCCCUUUUUAUUGCUGCUUUCGAUUUGUCAGAUAAGACUUUCAGGGAAGUUCCACUACCUGCUUCGUUUCACGGAUCCGAGCUUAGCGAUUGUCAAUUGACGGUUAUUGGGGGUUGUCUCUGUUUGGUAACUCACUUUCAUUAUGCUACUAAUGUUUGGAUGAUGAAGGAGUACAAGGUAAGAGAGUCGUGGAUCAUGUUUACGAUUGAUCGCAGGAUGUCUCCCGGGCGUUUGUGGUGUUCACUUUCGGAGAACGAAUUUUUGUUGAGAAGCGAUGAACACAAACUGGUUGUGUUCAAUUCGGAAAAAGAAACAUUGAGAGACAUGGUUGUUGGUGGCCUUCCGCCUGAGUUUACAUUUGGGGGCACCUAUGUCAAGAACCUCGUCUCUCUUCAUCAUGGAGGAGGGAUUGAGAGGGAAUGAAUGAGAAGCUUCUUCAGCUAGGAGAAAAGGAAUAGACUCACUAUGCAGAGCAAGCUCCAAUCCAGUAUAUUGGAUUGUUGCAGACGUGACCAUGAUGGUUCCUAGAGGGGUAGACGUGGUCCAGUCCAUGUUCUAGCUAGAUAUGCUCUUUGGCACUUGUUCUCCUGGUCCUUUUGAUUUCCACCGGAGCCUCUCUUUUUUCUUUUUUCUUUUUCUUUUUUGUAGCUUUAGUUAAAUUGCUUGGCUUGGAGCUCAGUUAACUGCAGUGAUUGUUAAUUUUUAAGUAAUUCCAUGACCGUUUUGCUUGUUUC